AUGAAAUCCUGCGGAACGUGCGUAUUACUGCUGAAAAAUCCAAAAACUAGGAAACGCUACAAGGUGAAGUUUGUCGUAAUUGAGAAUGACAGCACACCGUUGUUAGGUUCACAAGCAAUUCAGAAAAUGAAUUUAAUUAAGAUACAAUAUCACAACAUUUGUCCCGUAGACUUGGAGAAAACGUCACCUCAAUUAACCAUGGAUGAAAUUGAAACAAAAUUUGCGUCAGUAUUUGAAGGUGAAGGUCAGUUUGAAAACCACUUACAUUUGGAAAUAGAUGAUACAGUCAAACCUGUGAAAAUGCCUGUACGCAGAGUACCGGUAGCUAUGAAAGAAAAAUUGAAACGAGAGCUAAAUCAACUUGAAAAAAGGGGAAUAAUUGCGAAAGUCGAUACACCAACAGACUGGGUUUCGAGUUUAGUAGUUGUCAAGAAAGCCAAUGGAAAACUUCGCAUCUGCAUAGAUCCUAAACCAUUGAAUAAAGCCUUAAAGAGAAGUCACUAUUUGUUACCUGUGGUGGAAGAUCUGCUACCAGAGCUAAGUAACGCAAAAGUUUUCAGCAAGUGUGAUGUCAAAAAUGCAUUUUGGCACGUGGUGCUCGAUGAGAAAUCUAGUUAUCUCACAACAUUUGAAACGCCAUUUGCGCGAUAUCGUUGGUUGCAAAUGCCAUUUGGAAUAUCUCCAGCGCCAGAAUACUUUCAGCAAUUUCUUGAACAAAACUUAACAGUCUUUCGGGUAUUAAGGCGAUCGCUGAUGACAUUAUAA